CCCAGGCCUUGGCUUGGCAUGAAUGCUUCGUCAAUGAAAGUAAGCUAAUAGAUCUGAGUAGCAAGUUGUAACGGUAACAAUACUAAUUUCUUUCUUUAUCCAUUAUCCAUUAAUCCUAGCUGUCCAGUUUGAAUUUUUCUGAAUAACCCCAUCAUUUCUGUUUUCUUUUUCUUUUCUUGGAAACUGUGAUCUGAGACGUCAGCCCAUCUGAGGAAGAAACAAAAAAUUUUGGCACCAUUCUUGCAUGCAAGGCAUGCCUUAGCUUCAGAGUCCAGGUUACACGUGAGACCCAACUUAAAGCUUUGUGUUGUGCCACAUGCAUAGACCCCAACGUAAUCCUUUUUUGUAAGCUAGUGAAAGGAACCUUCAUUAUUCUUUCAGUUACAAGGCUACAGCAAUUUAGAGAUAAGCAUGAACUGAAAGUAUUGGCUCCAUUUAGGGUGCCAAGGAUAUGCAUUAGCUUUAGUAUUAGUGUUUCUGCAAAAAUGUUGGCGGUUUUCGAGAAAGCAAUAGGAAAUCCACCGGAGGAGCUCAGGCUUCCUUCAGUUGGAUUGGAUUCAGACGGUAAGAAAACUCGAGAAGAAAUCUUGCAGACUUUCAGGUUGUUGUGGCCAGAGUCGACCUUUUACCACCUUUCAAAUGGGAAUUUCAUGACACUGUCACACGGAGCACAAGGUCCUUUGCAUCCAAGGUCCAUGGUUGUCAUGGAUGACAUCUUCUGCAUCUUUAUUGGGACUCUUGUGAACAUUAGCGAACUUAGGCGACAUUACGGCUUGUCCAGACAAGCAACAGAAGCCAUGCUUGUGGUUGAUGCUUACAAGGUUUUUCGAGACCGAGCUCCGUAUCCACCCGAUCAAGUCAUUAAAGAUCUUGAAGGAAAAUUUGCUUUCAUUCUUUUCGAUGCUAAAUCUAGUACUCUCUUUGUGGCCAGAGACCGUGAAGGAAGCAUUCAACUUAAAUGGGGAAUGGCUGGAGAUGGCUCCCUGGUAUUAUCAGAUGAUCCAAACACCAUAGAAAAGGCUUGUGGAAAAUCCUCUGCUUCGUUUCCUCCAGGCUGCAUUUUCAUGAAUGGCAAUGGCCUUGUAAGCAUUGAUCAUCCAGUCCAUAAGGUAAAAGCAAUAGCUCGUCAAGAUGACGAUGGGAAAAUCUGCGGAGCAAUGUUUCAAGUCGACUUGUUUACGAGACUCCAAAGCAUUCCUCGUAAUGGCAGUGCCGCGAAUUGGGCAGAUACUGCCAUCGUCGAGGGAGACUGAAAAAAGGGGAAGUUUUUAUCGGAACGGUAGGCGAAAUAUUGCCUUUUCGUUUACAUUGUGGUGAAGUGGACAAGAUCUGAAUUCUGGCCUAAAUGUUUCAUGCUUGUUAUGAUUUUGUGCUUUGCAUGUGUUCAUGUUGACAUCUGUUUUUUUUAAAAAAAAAUGUUAAUUCAGGUAAUAAGAAAAAAGACAAAGUUAACAAAA